UUGUUUAAUUGUCAUUGGUUUUUUAUUUUUUUAUUUUUUGGGGGUGUUAUUAGGUCUUGGAUCCAAUUUUACAAUAAAGUUUUUGAUCAAUUUUAGUGGGUCUAUUGUGAUUGAUGGGAUCUAUACAUGCUUUUUGAUUGACCCUUUUGUUUGCUUAUGAUUUUGAUUACUCUCUUUACUUUUAUAUAUUUUUUCUUUUUUAAUUUCUCAAUCAAUUUGCUCUUAUCUGCUUGUUAAUUGUCCUUUUAUGAUCACUUUGAGCCAUUACUUGGCCCGGCAUUUAUACUGACUGAUCAAUUUGUCUUGCUCUUGGACAAUUGCUAAUGUACCUUUCUUUUGGGGGGAAUGAACUCGUUUUUUGGUUGUUGAGACACAAGCCUUGAUAUUUAUGGAGCUAGAAGUGGGAGAUUAUGGAACUGCAGUUGGUGGGCUUGAUGGAUUGAAAUGAUUGGCUUAGUGAUGGGUAUGCAGAAUUGUUUCCAUUUAUCUUGUCUGUAUAAGUGUAUAUUUAUCUAAAUGUCGUCAAAACCGAGUGCGAGAACUUCUCCGGAUAGGCUGAGGAAAGCCUCUGGUUCUCAGUCUCUUGAAGGGAAUACUCGUAGGCCUUCACCUACGCCACCAACGAAUAAGCCUAGUAGAACAGAACCAUUUACUCCAAAUAGGAUACCUCCAUCUAUGCAAAAUUUUUCAUCAAAGCAAGUUGUGAGUGAUAGUGUAGCUGAGAAGAAGUUGUUACAUGCUAAUCAAAAGGAAUCUAGCAAUGAUUUAGCUGAUAAAUUUGGUCCUAGUUUGUCUUUGGCUGAUGACAAGCUAGUUCCACCUGGGUCAUCUGCUCAAAGUAUCGGGACUAGAGGAUCGGUAGAAUUUGGUUCUGAGGAUGAGAAGAAAACAUCAGAGCAAGGAGUUGGAUUAUCUUCUGCAAAAGUUAGCGAUGGCGCAGGAAGUCUUGCGAAGACAAGUGGUAGCGCAAAGACUAGUGGCCGGGCUGAAUUUGUUGAGAGUGGAAAGAGUAGUAUGUACAGAGCUAGCACAAGCAGCGAUGUGAGUGAUGAAAGUACUUGUAGCAGUUUAAGUAGUGUCAACAAACCGCACAAAUCACAAGACUUGAGGUGGGAAGCCAUCCAGGCUGUCCGUGCACGAGAUGGAGCCUUGGGAUUAAACCACUUCAGGCUUCUGAAGAGGUUGGGAUGCGGUGAUAUAGGGAGUGUCUAUCUGUCGGAGCUAACUGGUACGAAAUGUUACUUUGCAAUGAAGGUUAUGGACAAGGCAUCUCUUGCAAGUCGUAAGAAGUUGCUCAGGGCGCAAACAGAGAGAGAAAUCUUGCAGUCCCUGGACCACCCCUUCCUGCCAACUCUUUAUACUCACUUUGAGACAGAGAAAUUUUCAUGCUUAGUCAUGGAGUUCUGCCCUGGAGGCGACUUGCACACUCUCCGGCAAAGACAGCCUGGGAAGUAUUUUACUGAGCAAGCUGUAAAGUUUUAUGUAGCAGAAGUCCUCCUAGCUAUGGAAUACCUUCAUAUGCUUGGGAUUAUUUACCGUGACCUCAAACCAGAAAACGUCCUGGUGAGGGAAGAUGGUCAUAUUAUGCUCUCUGACUUUGAUCUUUCACUUCGGUGUGCUGUAAGCCCCACACUUGUCAAGUCAGCAGCCGUUGAGAACGAAGGCUUAAAGAAGAGCUCUGGUUAUUGUGUACAGCCUGCCUGCAUUGAACCCUCUUGUAUUCAGCCAUCAUGCGUUGCCCCCACAACGUGUUUUACUCCCAGACUCUUUUCUAGCAAAUCCAAAAAAGAGAAGAAAUCUAAAACAAAAAACGAAGUUGGCAACCAAGUUAGCCCACUACCUGAGCUCAUUGCAGAACCCACAAGUGCCCGAUCAAUGUCGUUUGUUGGGACCCAUGAGUACCUGGCUCCGGAAAUCAUCAAAGGUGAGGGACAUGGUAGCGCGGUUGAUUGGUGGACUUUUGGGAUAUUUUUGUAUGAACUCUUGUUUGGAAAGACACCAUUUAAGGGAUCGGGGAAUCGAGCAACCCUCUUCAACGUCGUUGGGCAGCCUUUGCGGUUCCCAGAGUCACCCGCUGUCAGUUUUCAGGCAAGGGAUCUGAUCAGAGGCUUGUUAGUGAAGGAACCGCAGCAUAGGUUGGCCUACAAACGAGGAGCAACAGAGAUUAAGCAACAUCCCUUCUUUGAAGGUGUAAAUUGGGCUUUGAUCCGGUGUGCCAGCCCUCCAGAAAUACCAAGGCCAGUGGAGUUUGAGCGAAUUCGCGUUCCUCCUGCGUCAUCAAGCGAGAAAGCUGCUAUGGCUGUCGGUAUGCCGGACCAGAAAGGGUCCGAUAAUUAUUUGGAAUUUGAUUUCUUUUAAAUUAUUUAGCCCAUUGCUGUUUGAUGUUAAAAAUUGAGAGAAGAUGUAGAGUUGGCUGAAAACACUACAGGUAUGAUGUCAACAGAUUAUGAACUUUAGGUAUUUUUUUUCUUUUUUUCAUGUGGUUUAUAUUUUGAUCAUAUGUUUGUUUGACAUUGACAAAGGGUUGCAUAAUUAGAGUGGCAGAAGUUCAAUGUAUUUUCAGUGAAAUUGAAGUGCUCAAAUUUCUUUCUUUUUCUUGC